AUGUAUCUGUCACUCUCUAUCUCAGUCUAUGAACUCGCAACAAGGGGUUUGGUCGGCAAAGCUAUGAACUCGCGAAAGAGGAGGCAUGGGUGCCUUGAUAAAAAAUUUGGAAGCGAGAUGAGGGAAUUUUCCCUUUUGUUUGGUCGGAGAAGAAAGUUUAUGGAAGGUGGGCGAUGGCUCGGUGGUGGUCGGUAG